CCCCCGAGCGUUGAUAGUUGGUUUCGUCCAGUGCCCUCCAACCCCUAAUGCUAAUGCUAACGCUGCUGUGCUAAUAACACAGAGGAGUCAGACGGCAUCAUGGUGAACUUUGCAGCAGCGAUCCGUGAACAUUGGGUCAAUAUUUUGGUUCCACUGGGUUUUGUUGUCGGCGUUUAUCUGGACAGAUGGAACGAUCAGAAACUCACAGCAUUCAGAAACAAGAGUGCUUUAUACAGCAGGGAACUGAAACCGGGCGAGCAGUACACCUGGAAGUGAGAUUGCCCUGCAGUGAUAUUUAUUUGACCCUCUGACCCCUAAAUUGUCAGUAUGUUUGUACUGUCUGUUCAGCCACUUUGUCUCUGAUUCCAAGCAUGAUGACAAUAAAUUUUGCAUUUAGUUCUCUUAA